AUGACACUUUUUUCAUCAAUCUCAUCAAUUUCAAAUCCAAUGACAAGUUCAAAAUCCAGUAUUGCAUCAUUUGGUAGUGGAACAAGUAUGAGUUCAAAUUCAAAUGCCUGUGGCGGUGGUUGUGGAGGUGGAAAUGGUGGUAUUCUUGGUUUAGGUUUAGGUUUAGGAUUAAAUUUGUUUGGAGGUUCUAGAUCAAGAGGUGCUUGUGGUGGUAAUAAUGGUGGAUCUGGCAAUCCUGGUAAUGGUCCAUUUUCAGGAGGCUCUUGUUGCGGAAGUCCAUGUUGUGGUAUUUAA